UGUGUGUGUGUGUGUGUGUGUUUGUGUGUGUGCCCGCCCUUGGUACUGAGAGUGCGUGUCUGUGUAUGAGACAACUGAUGAGACACUAGACGAGAGCUCUGAGGGUGGGGAAGUGGUAGAGCUGUUACGUAGUGGUGGUAGAGCUGGUGAGACUAAAGUUCCUCAGGAUGUUUUGUUUUUCAUUUGUGACUGUGAGUCUUCUUAGGUGGUGAAGAAGACCUACAGCUGAAAGGAGAUAUUGGCACAAGUUUGUGCCAGGAACCAUCCAGAGAAGAGAAGAUCUUCUUGAGCUGGGAGAGCUAACGUAAGCGGAGCCCAGUAUUAUGGAGAAAUUCAAGGCGGCCAUGGUUCUGGGAGCGGUUGGUGAUGCCUUGGGCUACAGAAAGGGCCGCUGGGAGGGCUGCACCUCGGGCAAGAAGAUCCAAGAGGAGCUGGCCUCUCUGGGGGGACUGGGGGCCCUUAAACUGGACCCUGAUAACUGGCCCCUGAGUGAUGCAGCGCUGAUGCACAUCACCACAGCAGAGGCACUUAUAACAGAUUACUGGUGUCUGGAGGAUCUGUACCGGGAGCUGGUGCGUCUCUAUGUUGAAGCCAUGGUGUCCCUCCAGGGCAGAGCCCCUGAUCCUGCCACAGUGGAGGGCUGUCUUCACCUCAAACCUCACAACUUCCUGCUUGCCUGGCAUACACCCUUCAAUGAAAAAGGGUCUGGGUUUGGGGCGGCUGCCAAGGCCAUGUGUGUGGGUAUGAGAUACUGGCAACCUGACAGACUAGACAGCCUGGUGGAGGUCAGCAUUGAGACUGGGAGAAUGACCCACAACCACCCCACAGGCUUCUUAGGCGCCAUGACAACGGCACUGUUUGCAUCCUACGCGAUCCAGGGGAAACCUCUUGUGUCCUGGGGCCGCGAGCUCAUGAAGGUCAUCCCUCGAGCUGAGGAGUACUGCAGGAAGACCAUACGACACAUGGCAGAGUAUCAGGAAAACUGGUUCUACUUUGAGGCCAAGUGGCAAUUCUACCUAGAGGAGAGAGAGAUAGAGAAUGAAGGACAGAACAAACCUUCGUUCCCUGAUCGCUAUGAUGCUGAGGAGACAGACAAGAUGUACAAGCGCUGGAGCUCAGAGGGGCUUGCGGGCCACAGAGGUCAUGACGCCCCCAUGAUAGCUUAUGAUGCCCUUCUGGGGGCAGGGAGUGACUGGGCGGAGCUGUGUAAACGAGCCAUGUUCCAUGGAGGUGAGAGUGAAGCCACAGGCCUGAUUGCAGGCUGUUUGUAUGGCCUCAUGCACGGCCUGAGUCAAGUUCCCCAAGGCCUGUACCAGGAUUUGGACAAGAGAGAGCAUCUGGAGGAGCUGGGAAUGAAGCUGUACAAUGCAGCAUCUGCAGAGAAGUGCAUAGACAAGUAAUCCUGCUCUUCACUGGCCUGAACCCUACUGGCUAUCAGAGGAACUGCACAUGACUGUCAAACUGCUUCCCUUUGCCCCUCACUACCCUCUAGUCCUCUUUGGUUGCAUCUCAGUAGUCUUAAGUGGCAUCCUCUCCUCUGCUCAUGUUUCUUGCCUUCCUCUCCUUGAUGUUUCUGCACACAAUUGGAAAAAUUGAAGCACCUGUCACUGUAGGUGUGAGGCAGGGGAACGUCAAAAGGGAGACCAUUUAGGGCAUUGAGUUUCAACCUUUUUCUGUCAUGAGUGCUUUCCUCAGGAGCUACACCUGCAGUCAGUUUGCAUAAAUUUCCUGCUCUGUUGGUGGCAGGGAGGAACAACUUGUCUCUAUUACUCCACCUAAUAUUAUAUGACAGAACUUCGGUUUGACUUUCGACAUUUAUAACUUCUAUUUUAACUGAGAAAACUAGUUAACUUCUCAAAUGUAGCAAACAGAAGACAGUUUCCUUCUCUGCCCUUUUCCUUCUCUGAAGCUAACCUGUAUUAACAUGAAGCACAUGCUGAUGUUGUGUCAUAGAGUAUCUAAUUGUUCAAACUUUUGAUAAGGCCUAACUGAUUUUAAGAUAAGUCUCCACAGUAAGUUUAAAUAGUUUUUAAUCUAGAUCUAUCUUGGCCUUUUAAUGCAUGUAACAUGUGGUGGACAUUUUGAAUUUUAACUUUUAAAGCAUAUCAUGAUUGAGUUGAAUAGUAAUCAUUUUAUCUCCUACUGUGAUCAGUUAUUAUUUGCACUGUGAUGCUCUUAUCAGGUAUCAGUGUAUUAUAUUGUAAAACCACCAUUACAUGGUGACUAUUAAUAUAUGAACAUUAAAAUGGACUCAUAUAUAUCA